CGAGCGAACCCAACAGCACUUCCCUCCACCACCACCACGAGACAUAGAUAACGCGCCAGCGACCAUGCCGCCUCCGCCGUCCGCCCUCACCGCCUCCGCCGCGGCGUCCUCCUUCCUCCGCUCGCUGCCUCCUCCGAACCUCCCCGCCCACGCCACCCUCCGACCAAACCCAUCCCUCAGACGCUCAGCAGGCCACUCCCGCGUGGUCGCGCGGGCCUCUGCGUCCGGCGCCGCCGGCGCCGAGGCCGAGACGGUGUUCUUCGACGGCGGCGCGCACUACGGCGACCUGGCGGCGAACCUCGUCCUCGGCCUGACCCUGCUGUGGUUGCCGCUGACCCUCGCCUCCGUGUCCCGCGCGCUCCUCCUCCGGUACCGCUUCACCUCCCGCCGCGUGACCGUCAUCUCCGGGCUCUCCGGCGACGACCGCACGGACUUCCCCUACUCGUCGGUGAGGGAGGUGGUGGUCGUGCCGCGGUUCAUCGGCGAGUGGGGCGACAUCGUCAUCACGCUCAAGGACGGCACCAAGGUCGACCUCCGGAGCGUGCCCAGGUUCCGCGAGGUCGCCGACUACUGCCGCAAAAUGGCCGCCGCCGAGGGCGGGCUCGUGGCCCGGUGAGGGCGGCGAGCAAGGCAUCUGCUGUGUUCAGCCGUGGAGAGAUUUUCCUUUUUCUUGCUCGGUUGUUUGUCUGUUGUAACUUGUAAGUCGUGAUGUGAAGACUGGAACUUCUGACGGAAGCUCGAUCAGGAAUACGAGCUGGUGUUCUUCAUCUUGCUACUGUAUUUUUAGAUCAUCCUUGCUACUGUGGUUACUACAGCUGCGAGUACCAUUUUCUGCUGAUAUUUAAGACUCUUGUUUUGAGUAGGUUUGCUGAGCAUUGUGAAGACUGGAAAUUCUGAAGAAAGCUCGAUCAGUAAUAUGAGCUGGUGUUCAUCUUGC